AUGUCGAAGAGAAGAACAAGGGAACCCAAGGAAGAGAAUGUUACCCUAGGGCCUGCCACUAGGGAGGGCGAGCUAGUGUUUGGUGUUGCCCACAUAUUUGCUUCCUUCAAUGAUACAUUCAUUCAUGUUACUGACUUGUCUGGAAGGGAAACCAUGGUCCGCAUUACAGGUGGAAUGAAGGUGAAGGCCGACAGAGAUGAAUCCUCUCCAUAUGCGGCUAUGCUUGCUGCACAGGAUGUUUCUCAGAGAUGCAAGGAACUUGGUAUCACUGCUCUUCACAUUAAGCUCCGUGCCACUGGUGGCAACAAGACCAAGACUCCUGGCCCUGGUGCCCAGUCUGCUCUCAGAGCCCUUGCUCGUUCGGGAAUGAAGAUUGGAAGGAUAGAGGAUGUGACCCCAAUUCCAACCGACAGCACCCGUAGAAAGGGUGGUAGAAGGGGAAGGAGGCUGUAA